UCUCCAGAUGAAGGAGGGAGCAAAGAAGAAACACCUCCUGCUCCUGGCUCCUCUGGAAUGCCAGGCCAGGGUGCUGAGCAGGCAGAGGAGUGGGAGUUUGACAGGGAUCUGUGCAGAGCCAGCAAGCACAGGGCGAGGCGCACACGACUCAGCCACAACGAGAGUCAAACAGAGAAGUGGGUGAAGGAAGCCAAGUCUAAAUGUAAACGCAUCUCUCUUCUUCUUACUAAUGCACCAAACCCCCGAAAUAAAGGUGCACUGCUGUUUAAGAAACGGCAACAGAGGGUGAAAAAGUACACGUUUGUAAGCUACGGUACUGGACAGGAAGAAGAGAUAGAAAGUGAAGAAGGCAAAUCUGUUGGUUUGAGCUUUUUGUCCCCUUGUGAUUCUGAGCUAGAGGACGACUACUCGCUAUAUUCCCAAGAUCCGGGGGUUCCGGUUUUGAAUUUGAAUCUAAACAGAGACAACUUUUUUCAGUUAGACAGAGCGCCUGACAAGAUGGAGCACCUGCCAGAAACUAAAGGCAAGGGCGUUAUGAUGUUUGCUCAACGCCGUCAAAGGAUGGAGGACCUUACGUUGGAGCACGAGGAGAUGAGACGCAGGGGACUACCUGUGGAAGGGGUCGUGGAGCCCGAACCAGCAGAGGUGCAGAAUACUCCUGAUAUGAAUGAAUUACCUGUUCAGUCGGCAGAGCAGCAUGCUAACCAUGUCUUCAUGGAGGCUCACACCAAGAAGCACAUGCUCUAUGAAGAAAGCAAUCAACUGGAGAUGCAUGUAACACAAGUUAUGAACAGUAUGGAAGAAGUAAUGCCUAAGCCCCUUGUGCCAAAUAGAACAGCCAAGCCCUUCUCAUGUUUUAACACCAGAGCACCUGCACCCUUUCCACCUCCCAGCUCUGUCCCUAUCCCCGUUGCAAAGAGGCCUGAGCUUAAAUUUAAGGUACCAGUUCCUGUUAAUACAAAUCCACAAGUCUGGUCCCCGACUGGGGAUAUCAUAGCCUCCAGGGAUGAGCGCAUAUCUGUGCCUGCAUUCAAGACAGGCAUCCUUCCAGAGUCUAAAAGAAGAGGCUCAAAUAAGCAGCAUUCAAUGUCAAAUCAGGCCUCCUCCAACACUUAUCUCCAAAACAAAGGGGAGCGAAGAUCUUACAUUGAGUCAGGCCAAGAGGAAGACUAUCUUAGUCUCGGAGCAGAGGCCUGCAACUUCAUGCAACCAAGAGCUAUGAAGCUUAAGAAUCCCCCACCCGUUGCCCCAAAGCCCACCAUCAACCCAUCUUGUCCUCCAUGGUCAAAAGAUGGUCCUCCACGUGAUGCCUUUCACCCUCCCAGAAGUCCAAUUCCUAUAUCCUCCCAUGUUCCUGCUGUCUCUCCAAAACAACCGUCCUACCAACAGCAAAACAACCCUACAGUUUUGCGUCAACCAUUACUAGACCCACAGCAACUGGCCAACCCCUGGGCACCAUCUAACACUCAGGGACAGCUACAGCCGCCAAUGAACACUUGGGCACCUGCCAACUCUCCUCUUCAGCCUCAGCCAAGUUUGAAUAGCUGGAGUCAUCAGCCACCUCGAUCCCCAGUGAGUAUUAAUGCUCCAACUUCUGCUGUGCCACACGCAUCUCCAGCCUUAUGGAACAAGCCGGCUGCUAAUUCAGUGGCUUCUUGCCCAGCCAAACCGGUCAACUCCAACAUCCACUCUUCCAAGGCACCACUCACUUCAUCUAGGAGACCUUCAGAUAGAGGCUCUAGCACAGCUGUGGAUGCUCCACCAAUGAUGGGAAGAGGUGCCAAGCUUUUUGCUAAGAGGCAGUCUCGGAUGGAGAAGUUUGUGGUGGAUGCAGAUACAGUUCAAGCCAACCUGGCCAGGUCCCCUUCCCCCAUCUCUUCCCUCCCCAACACAUGGAGAUAUUCUCCCAACGUCAGAGCCCCACCUCCUGUCUCGUUCAACCCCCUCCUUGCUCCUUUUUACCCCCCGGCUGCUGCCAAGCAACCCCCUUCUACCAGCCCUAAAAUCAAGUCUAAGGCAAAAGCGAAAUCCAAACCACCUCCCCGAAAGCACCUGGACACCUUAGAUGUUAUGAAACAUCAGCCCUACCAGCUGGACUCCUCACUCUUUAGAUAUGAAGCUAACACUGAGGCCAGAAGCCCUAGCCAGGCAUCCCCCAUCCCACCCUCUGAUGCUAGCCCCGCACUUACCCCAAGUCCUAUCCCUGCCCCUUCUCCUCGUCAUGCCCACAACUCGCACUCAGCCAAUCAACAAAGGAAGCCUGUAGCUUCUGCUAAGCCCAUUGCAUCGGUAAGUGUCUCAUAUCCUUUCGACCGUCAACCCGCAAGUUCAUCUGAGCCACCCCUAGCAAAUAAGCAAAUGAAUAAAAAACCCACUGCCUCAACUGCUACGCAUGACCUUUCCAACAAACUGGUUUCAGGCACCCAUUGCCCUCCACCCACAAGCAUCUCGGAUUUUUCUUCUUUUAGCGUAAGCAAACCUAUAGCGUCCUUGUCCUCUGGACCACUUUUCACUAAAAGUGCCCUUCCAAUGGCUCCUCGGCCAAGGUUCUCUGCUAAGAAGCCGGCAGGAUCAAGUAAACAAUGGAAGCCUGUUGUACUCCAAUAUUAGUUGCAAUCCAUGGCUGCGCUUUGAUAGCAGGUUUUCAUGGUGGCAUGUCUCUCUACAUGACCUUUAAGUUUAAACAUAAAAAAGUGCGAAUAUCAACAUGAAAUCAUCAUGAUCCAAGUUAGUAUCAAUGUUAGUAUCAAGUUAGCUCAUGAAGAAUCGGUGUCCUGUCCUUCUACAUACUUUACACUUUGUAAAUGUUUAAAUGAUAACAUUGCAAGGUUGGAUGGAAAAACACGGCUUAUACAAAUAUCAGAUUUUGUUAAAAUACUCAAGCAACUGCCAACCUGAGUUCCUGAGCAGAAUCCUAGACCCCAGUUGAGACAAAUUAACAAUCCUAGGUGUCCCAGAAAUACUUCACAUAUGGCUUCCAGCUACUGGCUGUUACACCCACCAACACUCCCUCCCCCCAAUGCCAUAAACCUCCCAUGCUGGCCCAGCAACCCAAGAUAAAGUUUCAUGAUGCUUGCUGCAAUUAAUAUAAUGAAUAAUGAAUAAGUUGCUCAUUGUUUUCCGCAAGUCUAAUAGCCAAUGGCUUAUGGCAACAGCAUGGUGCUUGUCUAUUAUUAACAUUCAUAUGAUUUAGGAAGUUUAGGACUCAGCAAGGUUGUCAAAAAUAAUUCUGCACACUACAGAUAAGGUCAUUUAUGAUUAACUAGACUCUAAGUGCAGUACUUCAUUUGCUAAAUAUGAAUUGUAAUAUCCGAUGAGCCUUCAUGUUCAUGUUACAUGUUCGUCUAACUACCAAGCACUGCAGAGUAAUAUUUUUGGAGGCAACAAGUGCUGAAAAAUAAAAACUGGCAGAUAUAAUUAUGAGUAUUCUCAGGAAAAGAUAAGAUGAAAAUGUGCUAUUUGUUCACAGUUCAUCUUGCUUAAGUUUCUACGUUACUGUAAUCCAAAAUGUGAUGUUAUGUCUGUCUGUGGUAAAAUUGCAUACAGUGUAUUCAUCCGAAAUGUAAUUGAAAUCACACACCCUCGUACUGAUACAAUCAUGAUGCAUCAGAAAAUUGAAGGUGUCACUCUAAAUAUAGAGUGCCUCCUAUUGAAAUACAGAUUUGAAUAUACAUUUAAAACAAAUUAUUUAUUGUGCUGGCAGGUAAGAUAAGUUCUUAAAUACCUGAUUAAGGCUUUUCUGUGGUUGUUUCCUCACUUUGUCAGCUUCUUGUUCUCUUCCUGUCUGUAUAACUGUCACAAAUGUGCCCAAAUAUUUGGGUUUUUAUUCUUUAAAAAGUUGCAGACUGAUCGAACAACAUACACAGUAUAUCGAAAGGAAAAGGAGCUUUAUGUUCUAAAUUAGUAUGCCCGAAGAAGAAAAUAUCUUCCUUUUCACAAAGCCCUCCUAAUUCUCAUUCCAAACUAUAUUUGAUAGAGCUCAAGCACAUGCUAAUUGUUCCUUUUUUUCUUAAACCCACACUACUUCGAUUGUCAGUUUUUUGUCUGUUUUCUGGCUUUGACAUUUCCCAUUACCAGUCAUGGCUAUUCACAAAGCUGACCCAAUAUGUAGCAUUUACUUUAAUUAAAUGUUAAUGAAACUGUUAUGAAUAGAAAUACAUAAAAAGAAGAAUAAUAAUAACAGAUGUAUUUGACAAGAAUCUAAUAUUGAACCUUCUUCAAAGCAAUGUCGGCCUUUUCUCCUUUUCUUUGUUCUUUCCUUUCUUUUUCCUUUCUGUUAUGUACCAUUCUGAAUAUUGCACUUCUUGUAAUAUGCACCACUAUGCUAUUAAAUCUUCUGUACCUUU